AUGGCUCUCGUGCAGCUGUCGGCUGUUCCCGUUCUAGUUCGUCUCCAAGACGGGAACAAGGUGGAAGUCAUGGCGGACUCGUGGACUUCCGUAACAGACCUGGAAAAACAGCCCGCCUUUGAUGAAAUGCAUACACCUCGUGCGCACGACGGCCUCAUCUUAAUCCUUCAAACUCAUGAUGACCUCCUUGUAAACAACCGCCAGAUCGCAUCCAAGAUCGGUCUAAAAUGCUGCACUGCUUUCACGGUGUUUGAGGUCACCAAUACGGACGGACAGAGAGCCCUACGAGCUAAGGAGAGGAUAUUGGACACGGUUGCUCAGUGGAGAACCCAGGCUGCCGCGACCUCGGGGGUGAAAAAAUUCCAACUUUUGUUCAAGGUGCGGCUACACUUGCGUCCCGACGACGAUGACUUGGCGGGUAUCAAGCUCACUUAUCUGCAGGCUGUUCAGGACUUGUGCGACGGUGUCUACAUGGUGAGUACGGAGGACAGCGUGCAGCUGGCGGCAUUUCAGGCAUGUGGAGCGAGGUGGCGCCUGAUCAAAGGCCUUUUGAGGUCUUCAUACUGA